GUACAUGUGAGUCUUUGGCAUGAUCGACUUAUGUGUGUUUUGAUGGUCCAGAAAGGCUAGGUUGAAUGUCAUCUGACCAUGAAGCGGUUGUUUAUUGGUGGUCUUGGCCACACUGUAUCUGAGAAGGACCUCAAAGACAGAUUUGGAAAAUUUGGAGAUGUUUCAGAUGUUGAAAUCAUGACGAGGAAGGAUGAACAUGGAGCUCCUCUGAAGACGUUUGGUUACGUCAAUAUAAACAUCACAGACGCUGAAUACAAAAGAUGUACUAGUGUCUUGAAUAAAUCCACAUGGAAAGGUGGAACUUUGCUCAUUCAGUUGGCAAAGGAAAGCUUUCUUCAUCGACUUGCUGAAGAACGACAGCAAAUAGCUGAGAAGGCUAAAACUCCAACAAUCAACCCUCAGGAGAAAUUAGUAGAGUCUCUCAAAGAGGCGGGCAUUGACAAUUUUCAUAUGAAAGCUGCGGUUCCAGGAACUGAAAUUCCUGGACACAAAGAUUGGGUUGUUAGUAAAUUUGGGAGGGUUCUUCCUGUUCUCAACCUCAAAAGUAAAGAAAAGAACAAGAUCUUCAAGUAUGAUCCAUCCAAAUACUGCCACAACAUCAAGAGACUGGAGACUGCAGAUGAACACACGUCAGUCACCAAGCUAACAUGGGAAGUGCCUGGCGGUGAUGAAGAAAUCAGUAAGAAAAGAAGAGGAGAGUUUCCAAAGCAGAAACCUUGUCUGAAAAGAUCUAAAGUCGAUGCAAGUUCGUUCCUUAGUAGUUUCACACAGAGCAAUGGAAUUAAAACGGCAUCUGCCAUUGAAAACAAAAAUGCAACUGUGGUCCGAGAAAGCGGACUCAUUGCUGAGGUACAGCGAAGGCCUGUUGUCAAAAAAUCUAUUUGCGUGUUUGACAGUGACGCUGACUCUGAAGAAGAAAUCAGGAUGUUGGUUGCUCAAGAACAUUUGAGAAAACCAAAGCAAGCCUCCAUAGUCGAGGAUGAUGAUAAACUUGAGGUGGUAGGAGAUGAUUUUGACAUUAAGCCUAGUGUUGUCUGGGGCAAUGCUGAACAAGAUGGUGUAAAGAACCUACUUACUUCAUCAAAGGAUGAUGAAGACUAUGACUCUGCAGACACCGAUGAGAUUCUCACACAGCGUAAGACCCUUAGUGGGAUGGGAAAACCUCAUGAAGUUAAACCUGCACCAGCAAGUCAAGAAUCCCCAACAGAAUCCAUCAAAAAUAAAGGGAACGCCAAUGCAAAGCCAGUUCGCUCUUCGUCAGAGUCUGACAGUGGUAGUGACGAGGCAUCCCAAGACGAAAGCGUAGAUUCUGAUUAUGAAGCCAUGAUGGGGAACUGCUACCGGUUAGAAAUUUCUCUAGCAGACUUGGAACAGCUAGCUAAGAAUGCAAACGCGACCUCCGAUGAUGAAAAAGAGGUUGCACCCAAAGAAGAACCCAAAACACCAAGUGUGUCGCCCAAAAAACGAGGCAAUAAUCCAGAGGAUAUUCUAGCUGCGCUCCUUGGGGAUGAUACUCCUGAAAAAAAAAGUAAAAAGAAAAAGAACCAGGUGUCCUCCCUUCCUGCUUUCAUUGGAACGAAGGAUCUCUUUGGAGGCUCAACUCCUGGUCCGUCAGAACCCAUCCUGAAAAGAGCAGGUCAGAGUUUAGACGGUGACUCAACAGUGGGUCCUAAAAGACUCAAACAAGACCUGAAAUUGUCAAAACAAAGUAUCUCAGGAGACAAAAGCCAGCAGAAGUCGUCUAACCAUCCACAUCAGAAGGAAUUGUCCACUUCAACGAUUGUACAGCUUCCCCAAAGUGCAAAUAAAGUUGAGGACAAAACGUCCAGCUCUGACUCUUCAUCAGAAGACGAUUCUUCUAGUGAAGAAUCAGAGUGCAUUGAGGAAGAUGGCGGCGAAGACAGUCAGGGUAAUGCUGAUGUCUUCACCCUCAAAAUGGCUUCUGCAACACAAACAUUGGGGACGGACUCUGUCCAUGAAACCAAUCGGACCUUGACCAAGCCUUUACCAAAAUUCGACCAUCCAGUCCGCAGCACUGUUGAAGAAUCAUCUAGUGAUGAUGAUGAUGAUGAUGAACGCACAAAGAAAAAGACUGUUGGUGCUAGUAACUCAAACACUCAAGUCAAUCAAAAGCCUAAGAUGACGAAGCCUUCCAGAUCCUCUAGUAGUGGUUCUUCUAGUGAGGAAUCGGAGACUAGUGAUGAAGAUGAGAUGGAGAACACCAGAACUCAGCUGAAGGUAUCCAAGUCUGCCGAUUCAAAGAAAGUUGAGUCGCAUCCCACAGUUCUUUAUUCAAAGGUUUCCGACGUUCAGAAACAACUACAGGACAACCAAAAACGUCUUGCUGCUCUAGAGCAAAGGCAGAAAGAGACCGAACAGCAGAAGAAACUGAUUCAAGGAGCUCUUUCCAAUGUGGACACAGUGAACACAAACAGAAGCAAACACAUUGUGUUUGAUUCUGAUGAAGAAAAUGAUGCAACUUCAAACAAACCGGAAGAACCAACAGCAACCCAUAAAAAAAUCCUAUUUGAGGAGGAUUCAUCUGAUGAAGCCUCGUCAGAAGAAGUCUCACAAGAAAAGGAGAACAAAAAGUCAGGUGGCAGCAGGCUGUUUGACAGCAGUGAUGAUGAUGAAGAUGAAGACGACGGGGAAGAGGACGAUCGUUUUCAAAUUAAACCCCAGUUUGAGGGCAAAGCUGGACAAAAGCUCAUGCAAAUGCAGGCUAGAUUCGGAACUGAUUCGAGAUUCCACAUGGAUUCUAGGUUCCUACAAAGUGACGAUGAGAAAGAAGAUGAAGAUGAAACGGCUCCAGUAAAAGAUGCAGAGGAUGAAAUUCUUGAGGAGAAAAUGAAAAAUCUGGAAAUCCUGCAGAGCGUCUUAAACACCAGCAUACAACCAAAAGACAUCAGAAAAGAAUCUGCGAAGAGCAAGACCUUCAAAGAUGUUUCAGCCUUGCAUUACGACCCAACACGAGAGGAACACACAGCUUUUGAGACCAAGACGGAACAACCAAAGAAAGAAAGCAAAGCAGCAAGGCGCAAGAAACGUGAAGAGGCUGUGAAACUUCCUGAAGUUUCUAAGGAGAUUUAUUUUGACGUGUCGAUGAAUUUGAAGGAGGUGUUCGGGGCAACAAAAGAAAAGGAGGAUGAGAAGGAAACUGUUUCAUGGGAUAAAGAGACUGAAGAUAAAAUGACACAAGAUGACACACCUAUGGAUCUCUCAUUCACUUCUAAUGUAGAAAACCUUGAAGAUACAUCCGGUGUAUUCAAAUUCUCCUUCUUUGGGGAGGACGCAGUUACAGAGACAAGCGCCAAGACAGAUGAGUACAAAAUAGAGAUGUUAAAAGAGGCCAAGUUUUCUUGGCAAGUGGAUCCUCGUUUCCAGGACAGCAGUUCGGAUGAAGAGGGCGUUGACGAGGUUGAGGAGGACCAAUCAGCUUCCAGCAAAACCACAGCGGAACCCACACCAUCAAAAAAGAAGUUUUUCUUUUUCUUUCAAGAUGAUGAACGAUUAAAACAGGGGCCUGGAAUGUUUUAUAGAAGCACUAAACUAGAUGAUCAGAGAGAAGCCUGGGAGGAGAACAGAAUGUCACUCAGAGAGGAGUGUCGGAAGAAACACAAAGAUGCAAGAAGACGCCAGAGGCCAUCACUGAAAACCUGAAUUUCAAACUGUUCAAAGUAUUCCAUUUAAAGUAUUAGUUCACCCAAAAAUAAAAACUACUUUCUUUCUUUUUCUGAACACAAAGGGAGAAAUUGUGAAAGAAUGUUGUUCCUCAGUGAUGUCACAAUGGCAGUUUAUGGUGACCACAUCUUCAAGCUUCAAAAGAACACAAAAGUAUAAUUCAGAAGUCUAAUUCAUUAUUCAUGAGAUAAGAUUUGGUGUGAAACAAACUGAAAUCAAAUGUGUUAUUUAGUGAAAAUGUUUACUGACCAUUGAUCUCCUGUGCACGUUCAUGAGCAACAGUUCACACAGCGCCCUCGUGAUAUUGGGGCGUU